AUGAAUUCCAACGAAAAUGGGCAAAAUGCCAGUGGCAAAAAUAAAACACUACACGUGUCGGACUUUUAUCGCGAUGCCGUUGUGCUGGUUACGGGUGGCACGGGAUUUCUCGGCAAAGUGUUGGUGGAAAAAUUGUUGCGCAGCUUUGCUGUGAAGAAAAUCAUUCUACUCAUACGUGAAAAGCGGAGCGUUAGCCCCACACAACGAUUGCAGCAAAUGGUUUGUGAUCCGAUAUUUGAUACCAUCCGAGCGUCUGUAUCACAACCCAGUAAAAUUUUCGACAAGCUGGUGGCAAUCGAGACCGAUUUUUCCUCACCGGAUUUUGUGAAGGAACCUUACAAAUCUGACAUAUUGAACGAAACUCAGGUUGUGUUCCACGUUAUGGCUUCAAUAAGAUUUGAUUUGGGAAUUCAACAUGUGAUGGACACUAACGUCACGGGCACCGAAAGGUUGUACGGCUUGCUUCGGAACGCAUCGCGCCUGCAGGCGAUCGUGCAUGUCUCCACAUUCUACUCCAACUGCGACCGAUCCCACAUCGAAGAGUGCGUGUACGACGACAUACGGUUCGGUGGAUGGGACAACAUUCGGCGCAUCAUUGCACCACUGACGGAGUCGGAAAAAGCCAAACUGAUGCCGGCACUGAUAGCUCCACUGCCGAACAAUUACUCGUUUAGCAAAAAGUGCACCGAGGUGAUGAUACAGCAGCAGUUUGCGGAUCUGCCGAUCGGGAUCUUUCGUCCACCGAUCGUCACACCGAGCUACAAGGAACCGAUCCCCGGUUGGGUGGACUGCAUACAAGGUAUCACAGGAUUAUGCAUCCCCAUACUGAAACAACGGUUGCUCUGGUACUACGGUGAGCCGUCCGCAUGUCCAGCAUUGACACCGGUGGAUUAUUGCAUUGCCGGUAUGAUUACUGCUGCCUGCGAUAUUAGCGUGCGACACGAGGACAAUCGUGUACUGGAGUCUUUCGGUCGGCACGCAUCGAAACCGCCGGUGUAUAACUAUUUCUUCGACAAAACCCCUUUCUCCUGGCAACAGUUUAUUGAGCUUGUUGGGUCCGGCCUUCCAACUCGAAUGGGCCGCAAGCUCAGCACUCUUCGCACACGGGUAACGCGUUGGAAAAUUCUAUCGACGAUCACAUACUGGUGGAUGUAUUUCGUGGCUUACAUCGGAGACAUAAUCCAGUCACUUUUCGGAAGGCCGAAAAGCAAUGUUCGGCUUGUUUCAGGACUCAAAACGCUUGCCGACGUCCUUGAAUAUUUCCGUUGCAACAGCUGGACGGCGCGUAAUGACAACGUAAAACGGAUGCGAUCGCUACUUUCUAAAGAGGACGAAGCGCUGCUAGAGUUUGACGUUGAUCGCAUAGAGUUCAAAGACUAUUUUAUACAAUACACUAAAGGGCUGUUGCUGGAGCUGGAAAGACGAGAGCUUAGAAGGCGACAGAAAACGCAAAAAGGAAGCAAUGUAAACGUAUAA